AAUAAGGUUGUGAUCUAAGGCUGAUGGUCUGACAGUCAGAGCUUGUCCUUCGUCAGCAAAGGAAGAUGUGCCUUGAGUAUAGAGACAUGCGCAACUAGAUUAAAAAGUGUAAAACGGCACUGUCUUUGGAAAACACUUAGCAGAUACCUGGAGGUUGAUGUGGAUUUGAAAUAGCAGGAAUGAUGCAGGCCCAACACUGUGACUUGGAUAAGCAGAGGAAACAGCUGGUCCAAGAAAUGUGCAAAGAAAACCAUGGAGAGCACCUAGAUCUGGGGAAGAAGAUCAGUGUUCCUAUGGACGUGAUGAUGGAGGAGCUAAAACUGCUUUCUAACAGAGGCUCUAGAAUGUACCAUGAGAGGCAGAAGAGGGCGGAGAGGUUCACCUUGGAGAGCGUGGCACAAGGCCCUAACGGGCUGAUGGCCCUCGAUUCGCAGGUGGGAGAUCACAGCAGACCACACAGCCAGGAAGCCGAACAAGGAGGGAAGACAAAACACAGCACAGAGGUGUAUAUUGGACAACCAGGUAGAAGCAACCUAGUGAGAUCCCUCAGGAACACAAUAGCCUGUAAGGGAAACCCCAGCGUCCUUGCGCCAGGUUACUCUGGGCCUCUGAAAGAAGUUCCUCACGAGAGGUUCAACAUCACAGUGGUUCCCAAGUCCUACUGUUCUCCGUGGCAGGAUCAUCACAGUGAUCAACUACUGGCUGCCAUGUCUGCUCAACUCCAUGUGCUGCCCCAGAAACUCCCCCCAGCCAACUACAAGUGCUUUAACAGGGCCCCAAUGCCAUUUGCAGGGACAGCAGGUAGUGUGAAGAUGUUCCCCCUGCCUGGAUUUGAGCUCCUGCAAGCCCAUACAGAACCCAGUCUGACCUGGGAGCGCAUGUGCGACCGGCCAAACUUCAACCGCACCCCACAAGGCUGGGCCGCCCACUACUCUGCUAAAAUGGAGACUGCAGACCUGUGACUACAUAAAAACGAACAUAUAACUUUUAAAAUGGUUAAAGAGAUAA